GGAUUUCGUUCUUGGCCUUCCGCGAACACAGCGUGGUAAUGAUUCCAUCUUUGUGGUUGUCGAUCGUUUCUCCAAAAUGGUUCGUUUUAUUCCUUGCAAAAAGACCACAGAUGCACUUCAAGUUGCGAGUUUAUUUUUCCAAGAGAUUUAUAAGCUUCAUGGUUUGCCGUGUUCUAUUGUAUCGGACCGCGAUUCACGUUUUCUAAGUCACUUUUGGAGGUCUUUGUGGCGCCUUCUCCGCACAAAAUUGGAUAUGAGCUCCGCUUAUCACCCUCAAACCGAUGGUCAAACGGAAGUCACAAAUCGAGCAUUGGGAGAUUUGUUGCGUUGUUUAGUGGGAGAUAACAUUAAAUCAUGGGAUCGUGUACUUUGUCAAGCUGAAUAUGCUCAUAAUAGAGCCGUUAAUCGCAGUACUGGGUUCUCUCCGUUUCAAGUGGUGUAUGGUCUUCUUCCUCGUAGUCCAUCUGAUCUUGGUCUUAAUCCUGAUCGGAGCCGUUUCCAUGGUCGUGCUUGUGACCUCGUGGAAGAGUUUGCUUCAAUUCAUCAACAAGUGCAGACUAAUUUGGAAGCUGCUACUUCGAAGUACAAGUUGGAUGCUGACAAUCAUCGUCGUGAAGUUUCUUUUCAGGUUGGAGAUUUGGUUUGGGCUGUUUUGACGAAGGAUCGUUUCAAACCAGGCACAUAUAACAAGCUCAAAGCUCGGAAGAUCGGUCCAUUGGAGAUUCUUGAGAAGAUUAAUAACAAUGCUUAUCGCCUGCAGCUACCACCUCAUAUGAACAUUUCCGAUGUCUUCAACGUUAAACAUUUGGUGCCUUACUUGGCCGAUGAGAGUGCUGCCAAUUCGAGGUCGAAUUCUUUUUCACCCCCGGCGACCUGAUGUAGCGAGACAUCAUUCUUUUACUCUGUUUUAGUUUCUUUACUUUUAUCAUUGGGCUUUUACUUAUAUUUUGGGUUUUAUCAUAAAGACGGUUUAGUUGUAGCUUGCUCGACAAGUUCCGUCUAGGGUUUUGGUGUUUUAGAAACUUAUAUAUACUCCUUGGGUUGUAAGGAGAACGAUGGUAGUUUUUGAUUAAUAAGCAGAGAAAGCUUUU